AUGGGAGAACACGGCAACUUCAGGCGGAGAGCGGCGGCGGAGGAGGUGAGGGAGAUAGAGGUGCUGAUCUACUCCGGCGAGGGGCUGAAGAACGUGAAGCACAUUAGCAGGAUGAGGACGUUCGCGGAGGUCUACGUGGAGAAGGAUGUCCACGUUGCAAAGACCCACGUGGACGAGCAGGGUGGGAGCAACCCCACCUGGAAUGAGGUGGUGAAGGUGAAGUUCCAUAAGGGGCUGCCGGAGAGAAACGUGAUGGCGGCGCUGAACGUCGACGUGUACGCCGCCUCCCAUGUCGGCCUGGAGAAGCUGGUCGGGAGGGCCCGGGUGCUCCUCUGCGACGUGCUCAAGAGCGGUGACGCGGCGGAGCCGGUGGACAACCCGAUCCAGUGCAUGACGGUGCGCGUUUGGAGGGAUUCCGGCGAGGCCAAGGGGUGGCUGAAUUUGUGGGUCCCGCCGACGGGAAGGUUCUUGGCUCGACGGGAGACGUUGUCGUUUAGUGUCAGGGAGAAGGUAGAGGAGGACGAGGAGAAGGAGGAAGAGGAUAUGGCCGCGGCGGCGGAAAGUGGCGGAAGCGGUGGGAUUGCGGCGGCAGCGGCGGAGGCGUAG